UGACCUAUGUAACUGAAGAACUCAUCAUUCUCUUUGUAUCUUGGUACUGGAGGGAUAAAAUUGGUUUCUGUGAGCCCAAAACAGCAACUUGGAGACAAGCAGCAACGAAAUGGAGACCAGCCGAAUCCAUGAGAAGACUUCCCGUAACGAGUGGGAAGGAAAGGCUGAAGAUGAAGAUGGGGAAGGUCUGUGAUUUCUCAGAUCACAAGUCCUUCUCUGUGGUGCUUGACGAAUGCGGAUCGACCAUAGAGAAUACCACGCCAGUGGAGAAAUCAUCGCCCAACCAUGGCCUGGUCUCAGACCAGGCCUCCUAAAUUGGAAUGGAAAUAUUACAGGAAUAAGAUCUAUUACUGAAUGUGAAAGUGAGGAUGCACAGCGCUUGAGGUUCCAGAUAGAGCUGGAGUUUGUCCAGUGUCUGGCUAACCCCAACUACUUAUUGUUUCUUGCCCAGCGUGGGUACUUCAAGGAACAGACAUUCAUUAACUACCUGAAAUAUCUGCAGUACUGGAAAGAACCGGAGUAUGCAAAAUACCUAAAGUACCCCAUGUGCCUUUACUUUCUGGAUCUGCUACAGCACGAAAACUUUAGAAAAGAAAUUGUUAAUGGCCAAUGCUGUAAAUUCAUUGAUGAUCAAACUGUACUACACUGGCAGCACUACUCCCGCAAGCGUAUGAAACUUUUAGAAACUGGAAUUCAUCAGCAAGGCUCACAAACCCCAGUCUCACAGUCAACAGUAGUGUCUGGUGCUCCAACACCUGCUACUCUUCCCACUAACUUGUUAAAUGGUCAUGGACAGACUCAGAAAGUGUGAGGAAGGGAGCAUAUAAGCAUAUGAAGAUAGAUAAAUUUCUGCAACAAGGACUGUGCAUAAUUUGGGUAGGGAUAACCACAUUUUAACACAU